AUGUUAAAUGAUGAUGUUUUUAAGUCGAAUUUCUUGUGGAAAUUAUUAUUAUUAUCAUCAUCAUUAUAUGAGAGAAAAAUGAAUCUACUAACUUUAACAACAGUUUACCUUCUGUUGAUAGGUGUCUAUUGUGCUGCACAUAGAGGUGAUUUCUCCGAAUUUCACGAUUUGAAAGGUCCUGAUAAACAUUCAAAGUAUAAUGGUUAUGAUGAUGUACGCAGUCGUGGGGAUAAAUAUAAUUCACGUGAUAACUAUGCUGACAGCUACCAUGGUAAGGAUCAUCACGGUGGGGAUUACAAGUACGGAAAUAAUGAUGAUUACGGCCAUGAUGUUCCUCAUAUCCGAAGGCGUAAACCACAUAAACCUGAUAAUUAUGACCAUCAUCCUGAUGAAUAUGGAGGACAUGGCUCGGAUUAUGAAAAGUACAAACCAAAUAAAAGGUAUAAAGGUGAUGAUUAUUUCGGUUUUGGUGAUGACGGAUUCAAAAGUGAUUCUGAUGACUACAGCGGGUUUGGAGGUCGUAAGCCGUUAGACAGAAACUCUAAAAAGAAUGAUGAUGACGAUGAUGAUGAUGAAGAUACUGAUAAUGGCAGUGGGGAAGACAAAGACGAAGACCUCAGCAAUUUCUGA